CAGUAGUAGCACUAAAUUUAUGAAACGUCAACAUGAUCGUGAUGGAAUUUGUUAAUCAAAUUGAAAUAUUCCACUAAAUUGUGUAUUAUAAAUGCUAAUAAGUGUUUGUUUGAUCUAAAAUUACACAAGUGAGUUGUAUCAGUACAAGCAGUGCAGUGCAAAUAUGUAGUUAAGCUGACGAUCGGGCGCAGCAACGUAGUUUACUAGUUUUAAGUGUUGAUAGUUCUCAGCUGUACUUGAAGUAAGAGGCAGAAUGUCGCUCCCUGGAAAUGGAAUCUUCGUGGUGCAGGGGGAGAUGGCGAUGCUGGUCACGGCUAUGCGGCGGAGCACUCGCUGGGGCUCGCAUUCCUUCCCUAAUGAGGAAUACGACGUCCUUAUGCGUACCUUUCAAGAUCUCAAAACUAUACUGAACCAAGUUGAUGACCUAAGAUUGCUGGACCCUCCCACGUAUCUUGGCCCGUUUCUAGAAGUUAUUAGAAGCAAGGAGACAACAGGACCUGUGACUAGCCUUGCUCUGUCUGCCAUAAACAAGUUUUUAUCAUAUGGAUUGAUAGAUCCGACACAUCCCAGUGUGCCAGCUACCGUGGAAGACAUCGCUGACGCGGUGACGCACGCACGGUUUGUCGGCACGGACCAUUCGUCGGACGGCGUUGUGCUUAUGAAAAUAUUACAGGUUUUGCGUACACUAAUGCUGAGUCCGGAAGGCGCCAUGCUGACUGAUGAUAGCGUGUGUGAGAUCAUGUUGAGCUGUUUCCGCAUCUGCUUUGAAACUAGACUCACAGAGCUCCUCCGCCGCAACGCCGAGCAAUGUCUCCGCGACAUGACCCAGCUCAUCUUCAUGCGUUUGCCGCAGUUCCCCGCCGAAGAUAACGCCGCUUUUGCAGCUGCUGCACUCUCACUCAAUAAAAGAGACAAGCCUAAGAAGAAGAUUACUUCAGCUAAUAGCACGAACUCGCUGGAAAGGAAAUCAUCAAUGACAGAACCUGCCAGCCCGACUGUCGACCCCGACACGGACGCAGAAGCUAAGAAGGCUGACAGUCUUCGAAAUAGCCAAGACAAAAACCUAAUAAACGAAGCGGAAAUAACCAUAGAGCCCGUGGAAUCGAUCAAGAGCCCUAAGAAACAUACACGCCACUCCUCUAUGGAUCUGGCGACCACAGACAAUUCGUCCAUAGCACAACUGGUGGAGAAGUGCGUCAGUGCCGACGAGACAGAGACAGAGAGAGCGGCGGAGGAACCUGCAGAAGUUCUAACCCCAGAAUCAGACCCCGACGGUACAACUCCAUCCAAACCAGCUGAAGAAACAGAGAAACUGGAAGAAUACGUCAACCACCGAGGAAUACGUUUCACGCAGCAAGAUGAGGCACAAGACCUACAGCCUUAUGGGCUCGCCUGCGUUCGAGAGGUUUUUAGGUUCAUAAUAUCGUUAUGCAAUCCCCUGGACACCCAGAACACGUCCGGCAUGGUGCACCUCGGGCUCUGCCUGGCCGGUACCGCGCUAGAAGUUGGCGCAGAUCAGUUGGCGCGGUACCCUUCGCUUUUAUACUUGGUGAAGGACCCGCUGUGUAGGAACUUGCUUAGUUUGCUGAGCACAGAGCGGAUAUCCAUAUUCGCCCUGGACCUCCAAAUAACCUUCCUACUCUUCGAGGCCCUCCGUUUCCACCUCAAAUUCCAAAUGGAGGCCUUCUUCAAAAAAAUCAUAGAAAUAGUAUCCAUGGAUGUCUCCAAAGCGAACUACGAACUUAAGGAAAUACAGCACCUGACCUUAGAAAGUCUAGCACAGAUAUUUAGAAUACCCGGGAUUUGUAACGAGUUAUAUUUGAACUAUGACUGCGAUAUAUAUUGUAUGAAUGUUUUUGAAGAAAUGACUAAGUUGUUAUCAAAGAAUGUUGUAUCGGCAACGUCUUAUAAUAUACAUACGUUGUCUUUGGAGGCGCUUAUGACUAUAAUAGAAGCUAUUGAAAUGAGUAAUCCGAAGGAGAGUGAGACGGAAGUUGUGGUUGAAGAGGAGGAAAAAGAAAGGAAAUGUGGUCACGUCAGCCUAGAGUUAGGCGGUAUGGAGGACUCAGUGAGUGACAUUACACAUGACAUAAGUCAGUAUUUCGGUUGCGGGCGGACCGGCCGGCAUAAGAUUGUGUCAGAUGUGCCUUCAGAAGCCGAGUUGGACAAUAUUAGGAACAUGAAAAAGUGGGUGACGCAAGGAACGGAACUCUUUAACCAGAAGCCAGAGCGAGGUAUCGAGUACUUACAAGAGCAUGGAGUUCUCAAAACGCCGCUGGACCCUGAAGAAGUAGCGCUUUUCUUGAGGGAGAAUCCUGAUUUGGACAAGAAAAUGAUUGGCGAAUACAUCUGCAAGCGUUCAUCCCGCGACGACGAUGACGGCUACAGUGUCCUAGGAGCCUUCGCAUGCAGCUUUGACUACGCCGGGCUCCGCAUCGACCAGGCGCUCCGACUGUACUUGGAGACCUUCCGUCUGCCCGGGGAGGCGCCACUAAUCUUUUUGGUUAUGGAGCGCUUCGCUGAACGUUGGCAUACCACAAACGGCGAGCCAUUCGCCAACACCGACGCAGCCUUCCGCCUAGCCUACGCCGUCAUCAUGCUCAACAUGGACCAACACAACCACAACGCCAAGAAACUCAACGUACCCAUGACCGUUGAGGAUUUCGUCAAGAACCUACGGGGCUGCAACGGGACUGGGGACUUCGAUCAGUCCAUGCUCGAAGCCAUCUUCUAUUCUAUCAAGAACGAAGAGAUGGUAAUGCCCGCGGAGCGCGUGGGCCCCGUGCGCGACGCGUACCUCUGGCGCGUGUUACAGCGGCGCGGCAACACGCCCGCCGGCCGCUACCGCGCCGGACACGCCGCGCGCCUGCUGCCCGUCGCCGCGCCGCCACAGAUAACAGCGCUCUCAGCAGCCUUCGAGCGCUCAUCGCCCCCCACCGCCGACGACAUCCUGACCAACAACCUCCACAACGCCGCCAUACUAGCGCUCUGCGGCCUCGAGCGCUGCGCCGCGCUGCUGUCGCGCCUGCCGCCGGCCCCGCCCACUCUGACAGUCGACACGCUGUUGCUGACGCUGUGUAAAUUCACCGCGCUGCUGCCGCCGCAGCCGCAGAUGCAUCAUCAGGCUAUAGGAGUAACACUAGGGCAGUCAACGAAGGCCCAACUAGCUCUGCGCCGCGCAUGCGCCGUGGCCGCGCGCCACGCCGACUGCGUGCGCGACGCGUGGCGACAUCUGUUGGAGAUCGUGCACACUUUGUACCUGGGGAGACUGCUGCCUAAGUGCCUCGUGGAAGCAGAGGACUACAUGUCGUCCACUGGAACUGUGUCUCUAAUUCGUGAUGUCAACAGAGGAUCAGAAGCGGGUCUACUCUCUAGUCUAUACUCCUACAUAGCGUUGGGAGAAACAGGAAUGCGCGCCCCCACGCCACACGAGAAGGCGUUAAUAGAUGCAGCGACGGAGUGUGUAGAAAAAUGCAAUCUUCCCGGCCUGCUCAUAACGGAAACCAAGUUCCUGCAGCUAGAAAGUUUACAGGAAUUGGUCCGCGCCAUGGUGACAGUGGGCGGUCCGCCAGACGCCGAGGCGUUACAAGCGAACCCGCAAGCGGAAGACGUGACCAUCUUCUUCUUGGAGUUAUUAGGACACACGCUUAUUCAAAACAGGGACCGCGCGCUGGAAGUGUGGCCCGUGGCGUCGGCGCACUUCUCGCUGGUGCUGGCGUGGGCGGCGCGGCGCGCGGCGCCGACGCCGGGCCGCGCGCUGACGGCGCUGCUGCGCACGUGCGCGCGCCUCAUGCGCUCCGAGCUGUGCUGCGCGCGCGCGCUGCGGCACCUGCACACGCUGUUCCAGCUGCCGCACACCAUCUUCAUGAGGCACGCUGCCGUCAUAUCGUGCGGCCUGUACGAGCUGGUGAAAACGUCCGCCCAAAACGUCCACACCGCGGAGGAGUGGGAAAUUGUGUUCUCUCUCCUCUGUGCCGCCGGUGCUGGCGCUUGGCCCGCGCACAUAGCCCCCUCUGCUAAUAACACUGCUUCGAGUCGGUCCGAAGGUUCAGAGGAAGAGGGAGAGAGACGGCCUACAUCGGCCUCGUCUGAUAGCGAAUUGUCUCAAUCGCCACGCGCUCACGGAUGGAUAUUGGUAAAAAACGAAGCCACAACCCCCGACUCGGACUUGGACACAGACCAGCUGACGUUCCUACCAUACAAGCGCGCAGCACUGGCGCGCUGCUGCGAGGCGCUCGCGCUCGUGGUGCGCGACGUGGCGCACGUGACGCCGCACAACUGCCGCGCCGCCGUGCGCGCUGUCAGGAUAUUCGCGCACGCUACUUUAACUAGAGCCAAAAAACAGAAGAGCCGCGAAGGCAGGAAGCGGCCGAGCUCCGCUCGCCGCGGCAGCUACGAGGCCAGCAGCGAGGAAGAGGACGACACGCAGGACCAAUACCACAUGGUCAGUUUGCAGCUCCUAGACCUCAUGCACACGCUACACAGCCGGACAGCGCAAAUAUUCAAAUGGUGGCGCGACGAAGCCGACCAGGACCAAGGUGCUGAGGAAUACGACCUAUGGGAAGUGGCGUGGAAACCUUUGCUGCAGGGCAUUGCCGAAUUUUGUACAGACAGAAGGAAGCAAGUGGCAAACAGCGCGAUAGCGUACCUGCAGCGAGCACUCCUCGCACCCGGCCUGCACGCCCUCGGCGGCGCCCGCUGGGAGGCGUGCUUCGCCGCCGUGCUGUUCCCGCUGCUGGACGCCGUGGCGCCCGCGCACGCCAGCCGCGCCAACACUAUACUAUGCAAGGUGUUCCUGCACCACCUGUCCGCCCUGUCCCCGCGGCCGACGUUCGGCGCGCUGUGGCUGCGCGUCGUGGCGGUGCAGCGCGCGCUGCUCGCCACGCCGCUGGACCCGCUCACCGAGGCCGCGCUGGAGUCCCUCAAGAACAUGAUACUCGUCAUGCACUCUGUGCGGAUAUUCACGAACGCGGACGGCUACAACGACCUCUGGUACAUCACGUGGGAGAAAAUAGGCGAAUUUCUGCCUAACUUGAAAGACGAGCUUUUCCCGGAAGCAAAAGACACCAAACCCACCCAACUUCCUCCCUCUGCCCCGCCCAUCCUCCCCCAACACCCACUCCACACCCCCUCCCCGACCCAGUCCCCGCCGCUCCAGUCCUCGUCCCCCACCUUCCAGCCCCCGGCCGCGGCGCACGGGGCCCCGCAGCUGGUCGCGCCGGUGCCGGGGAUGCCAGUUAGUGGCAUGGUGCCUAUAAGGAACCCGCUGUACGAUCAGACAGGAUUGAGUGCGUCUGUUUUACUACAACCUUUAAAUGAGAUGGUCUCCACACCAAUAGGAAUAUCCCUUCAGUCACAAAUACCAACGCUCUACCGCGCCCCCGAGCAGGUACCACAACCACAAACUGUUCCACUGCAGGUACCAGUUCAGGAAGUACCCCAUUCGGUACCAUUAACACAAGUUUUAUCACAUCCGAUACCACCGGUACUACCUCAAGUACCACCCCAACCGGUACCAGUACCUCUACAACAGGUACAACCGCCGCAAGUACCGCCCAAUCCGGUACCACCCCAACAAGUACAAACUCCAAAUGACCCAAAACCAUCCAUAAUCAACUUAAACUACGACAUAAUCGAAGUAACCAAAAUAAAACAGAGCGAACUAUUCGCCGAAUACAUGACCAACCCUUAUAACGAUACCACAAUAUCUCCCAAAGAGGCAACCCUAUACGACCCUGAGGACCCAAAACCGCUCUUAGAUAAAAAAUCUCUAAGCGCAAAUGCGACCCCUAUGCAUGUAAAAAAUCAAACUCAAUUUAGCUCAACAGACAACGUGACACAGAGCUUCAAUUUCACGAGCUACUUCGGUUCUGUGAAUGAGCUCGUCACGCCGGGGUCCGAGGUGUUUGACAGUUUAACUGGAGACGGAUAGCUCGAGUGUGACUUUGGGACUUGGUUGUAAAUAGUUCAGAGCUUGAGUUUAUGCCAUUUUCGAUUUAGCAUGUUCGGUUUGGAGUCUAUUUUUGUUUGGCGACAUAAAUUAUGUUUGACUAGUCUAUAUUACAGUUAUUUUGUGUAAUAAGCGCUUGGAAACCAUGGGAAGUCUUAGACGAGAUACCAACUUGACAAGUCUAAAUUUUUUUGAAUUGUUUUCAUGUUUGAAACCUAGAUUAUGUACUAAAGUCAUAAUUUAUAAUGACUUAAAAACAUAUUGUUUAAAAUAAUAAAAAAUACGGGAGCUCUGUGAUUAGUUAAUGACACUAAAUUAGAAGCAUAACUUUUGUAAACCGUAAUCAUAUAUUUUUUUAAUAUAAUAAAGUUUAGUUUUGGUUGUUGAUUAGUUUCUAUAAAAUAAGAAUUAAUUUGGAUAAAAAAAAAGCUGCGUAAAUGUAGUUUAGUAUUCGACCAUACCUAACGGUAUACCCCAUUUCAUUUACCAUGGCGAGAUUCCACUUGAAACUGCACAAAGAGAACCAUAAUGUUGAUCUAUUGUUUAAAAAUUGCUUUACGAGCUCUGCUCAUCGAAGCGUGUGGUCAAAAAAUAACACAAAAGGAUCAAGACUGGACAGUUUGUAAGACACGACGCCGAAAAAAAGUUUGCCGGGUAUCUUUUGUUAUAACUACUUGUAUUGUUUACGCCUAAUUACCCUCUCAAGUAGAAUCCCGCCAUGGUAAAUGAAAUGGGGUACAACAAAAUUUAUAUUUGUUGAAAUGAGUUUGCAAAAGCUACGCUUCCUAGCAACAUCUAUUAACAAAUUAGAAUAGUUGGGUACUUCUGACUCCGGCCUAGCAUUAAUAUUUACUUUCCUUUAAAUUAUUUACAUUCCAUGUACUGUUUUUAUUUUAUUUUAUUGUUUAUUAAAGCAAUCAGAACUAGAAAUAUAACUAAACGAUAGCCGUAACGUCAUUGUAUGGUAAAGUGGUUUUGUAGAGAAAAAUAAAUUGUAUCAACUUAAGCGGCUACGUUUUAAGGUGCAUAUCCAUACUUGGGCCGAUAUUUGUGACAUUAUCUAUGAAAAGGGACCUUAUUGUCGGUGGCGCUUACGCCGUUAUCAACGAUGAUCCCAUAUUAUAAACAACGCCGCGCUACGCAGUGUCAAUAAGGUCCCUUUUCAUAGAUAAUGUCACAUUUAUUUUGUUGUAGUUUUUAUUUCGUCAGAUAUGUAUCCAAUUUGGUCAGUCUGAAGAGCUCUUCAUUCUGGGCGGAAUAAAUCCGAAAUCCCAAAAGGGACAAAAUUAAAUGUAAUUUUUCUACUCGUCGAAUGUAAUGGUUGAAUUAAGAUUCCGUAUACUAAAUUAUAAUUGCGUACUUUUCAUGUCUCAACUCGACUUUAAUAUUCAUUUAGAUACGCUGUAGUCAACUAUAAUAUUUUUAUUUAUGUCUUUUGUACUACAUUUUUGUCUACUGAGAUAGUUACCAAUUUCCAUUAACUAUUUUAUUCUAAAAAAAGUAUUAUUUUAGAUGACUCGUAGAAAAAGUAUUGUAUACUUACAAUAUUGAUAUAAUCAAGCUUUUCAAUCUCGUACCUUACUUAGGCAAUUCAGCAAGUUUACCGUUACCUAAACACACACGACUGAAAAACUAAUAUAUCACGAUUGUAUAUGUGUUACUAAAAUACCAUACGUUUUGGAUAACAUUUAUUGGGUAUUGAACAGAAUAUAUAAUACAGGUUGUUUAUUCAGUCAUCUGCAAUAAUUUACGUGGUGAAUAUAGGGACCGUGCGCGUUGGAGGGUCUGCCAUCUUGUGGCCUGAAUCGGAACCAUAGACAUGUACAUGUACACGUCACGUGUUUUCUUGUGCAUAGUAGGUUCUGCCAUCUUGUGGGCUACAUCGAAACAAAAAACAUCACAUUUACGCCUCGCGCCAAAAAUCUGACGGCUCCUGUGCUGCCGCCUACAGUUCAUGCACGCUCCCUAUAUAGGUCAAACCGAGCAACUUUUACUAUGGGAUUGCGACACAAAUAUUACCUGUUUCAUACAUUUUGGCUGUCUGUAAAUUUUCUGUAAUCUGUAAAUUUUUUUUCGCGAUUUUGUGAUUGGUCCCAUAGUUGAAAAGUAGCUCAAUAAGACCUAAAUAUUCAGCCCGUAAAUUAUGGUGACUAAAUACAGCCUGUAUAUUAUCCUAUCAACCAAAUGGUUUAAAUUCUGACGAACAAAACAACAAAAUAACUGCCCACUUGACGGCAGAUAGCAGUCGUAGUAUAUUAGAGAGCUGAGAUACAGAAUUAGAAUACAUUACCAAUAGCAUGUUAUGAAAUUUCAUGUUUUUCCAUACAAACUAUCAGCUUACAGCGACAUCUGCCGUCGAACAUGGAAUGCACCUUUCUGUAAUUACCAUUAAACAGCUGAACGAGGGCGUUUUACUGACGACAAAGGAAUUUGAACCUUCCGUACAGAAGUUACAUUUCAUAUUUAAGGUGCAGCUCCACACCGCGCCGUGAGCUCCAUUGUAAAUAAUAUGAAAACGGAUGUAUAGCGGGUUCAAAUUUCUUUUUAGUUCUAGUAAAUGCGAUCCAACUCGUUAUCUGUGGCUUUCCAUCAGAGAGUCCUUAUACCGACUGACGCCCGGUCUGGCCUAGUGGAUAGUGACCCUGCCUAUGAAGCCAAUGGUCCUGGGUUCGAAUCCCGGUAAGGGCUAAAUUUGUGUGAUGAACACAGAUAUUUGUUCCUGAGUCAUGGGUGUUUCUAUGUAUAUAAGUAUGUAUUUAUCCAUAUACGUGUGUAUAUCGUCGCCUAAUACCCAUGGUACAAGGUUUGCUUAGUUUGGGGCUAGGUCGAUUUGUGUGAGAUUGUCCCCAAAUAUUUAUUUAUUUAUAUUAUUAUGCUUCAUCCGCUAAGGACCUUUCUAUCAGUAACUUUUUCUGAUGGAAAGGCCCUUAUGAACAUGAAGCAUUAUUAUAAGGAACCUUUUCUGGUGGAAAGCCACAUUUGAUGUAAAUAGUAGAGUUGAUUGGAUAGCUCACUUAUAUAACUUUAGUCAACUUCUAUAGGAUUUAUAGUAUUAUUAUUAAUGAUUUACCGACUUCAGUACCAGGGUCUUUUCAGGAUGUAAAUUGUAAUUAAUCGUUUCGUUUUGUAUAGAGAGCUAUAUAUAAUUAUAUACCUAUCGAUGUAAUAUAUGUUUAACAAUUUAUUAAUAAAACUGUUUAACAAUUUUA